AGAGGAUUUACAAGAAUGAUCUUGUGCCUGGCAGUCAUCAGCACUGGCCAGGUAUAUAAAGGGACCCGGCCCAGAGGGGACAUCACACCCGAGAACACACAACUGCUCUCUACUCCUCAGCCCCACUCCAGCCCAGACAACACCAUGACCGGCUCCUGCUGUGGAUCCUUCUCCUCCCAGAGCUGUGGAGGCUGCUGCCAGCCCUGCUGCUGCAGAGACCCCUGCUGCUGCCGCCCAGUGUCCUGCCAGACCACAGUGUGCCGCCCUGUGACCUGUGUGCCACACUGCACUAGGCCCAUCUGCGAGCCCUGCCGCCGCCCCAUCUGCUGUGACCCCUGCAGCCUGCAGCAGGGCUGCUGUCGCCCCAUCACCUGCUGCCCCACCUCCUGCACAGCUGUGGUCUGCAGACCCUGCUGCUGGGCCUCCACCUGCUGCCAGCCCAUCUCUGUGCAGGCUCCCUGCUGCAGGCCCCCCUGCUGCCAGCCUGCUCCCUGCCGCACCACCUGCAGGACCUCCCCCUGCAACACCUGCUGCUGAGCUCCUGGCAUCCUCACCAAGGAUGUCCCAUCACCUACACACCUAUUUGGGCUUUUAAUCACAUUGACAGAAAGUAC